CCCCGGACCUACGGCGCGCGACAGCUUCCAACGCAAGUUCUACGAUUUUUUAAUGUUUCACCAUUCGUGUAAUCAAUAAUCACGUACCGUUUUUUUAUUUCGUUUCUUGUUUUUAUUGUUUUGUCAUCUCAUAACAGCGUCGACGCAUAUUAAUUAUGUCUUCUCGUGGUCGAGGUUACGGUGGAAGAGGAAGCUAUGGUGGUCGAAGCGGAGGCUAUAGGGGUUCCUAUCGUGGGAAUAGUCAUCGCGGGGGUUAUGAUAAUGGGCGAGGUGGUCGAGGAGGCGGCUAUUCAUCAUACAAUAAUGAGUCCCGUUACACUUCUUCAAGCACCAAUAGGUAUUCUUCAAGCCGCGAUCGAAUAGACGACUCUUACAAAAAAUCAUAUAGAUCGGAAACAUCUGGAUAUUCAAAUCGUGAUUAUGGUGGUCGCUCUGGAUCACCUGAACGUAAAAGAAUGAGACUCGAGGGUUAUGUACAGGGCUCUUCGAGCGAUAGACGUAGCCAUGACGGUGGUCAUUAUGGCGGAUCGUAUGGCAGUAGACAAGAAAGUUACGGGGGCGAGAGGAGGUCGUUCGGCGGGGAAGAUAGAAGACGAUCGCCGGCUCGGGAAAGCUUUCGCAAGUCUAGCGGCAUGGGUCCGCCGCGCGAGCCGGCGCGCCCCGUUGGCCGACCGCGCGCGCCGCGCCGCUCCUUCCGCGGCCGGACGCUGCGCUCGCGAGCCUCCUUCCGAGGAGCGCCGCGAUCCCGUGCCUCCUUCGCCACUAGGCGCUACGGAGAUAGAUCGCUCGCCUUUACCCGUGCGUUCAGAUCUGUCAAGGGGCGAAGCCCUGAUAAGUCCAAGGAAGAAGCUUCAUCUACUGAAGAAGAUUGGGAAGCUGAUGAGAAGGAAGAGGUUAUUGAAGAGAAGAAAGAAUCCAAGAGUAAAUCACCCAAGCCGGAUCAAGAACCAUCUGAAGGUGAGGGAGAAGAUGGUGGAGAAGAUACAGAAAAAGAAGAGGAUGCUGUUUCUGAUUCUGCACCAGCAAAAUCAUUCUCUCACCUUUCUUGUGUGCAUUGCAAGGAAAAAUGUACCAGUUAUGGUUUGUACGCCAAGCAUUUGCUAUCGCUCAAGCAUCGGGCGGCCAUGAGUGGCGUGGCGCGGCGUCACAAGGCGCAACUGCUGCGUAUGCGUGUGGCCCAGCGAGGCGCUCAGCGUGAGCUCGAAGCGGCGGCCGGCGCGGACCUGGCCCCCAGGACCACCUUCUGCCUCGUGUGCCGCCUCAACCACCGCACCACGCGCCACGCCCACAACCUGACGGACACGCAUCGCGCCAUGAAGCGCUUCCUGAUGCCGUUCUGUCGCAUCUGCCGCAUUACCUUCCGCUCGCCGAUGAUAUAUGAGCAUCACAUUUGCUCAAUUGAACAUCUUAAGAAGAAAGCUAAUCAAGCUUCUCGGCGCGUCAGUCCUAAGGCAGAGGGCAGUGGUGAUGAAGGCAUGGAUGUUGAUUUGGAUAACUUUAUGACCCUUGAUUCUGUGGGUGAUGUUGAUGAAGUAGAAGAUGAUGAUUCUGGUGGUGAAAAGAAAGAUGAGGAAAAGCCUAAAAAGGCAAAGGUUGAAAUUAACAUUGGGAGCGAGCAUAUCAAGAAAGUUGAGGUGUGGUGGUGCGAGCUGUGCCGCGGGUUCCUGCCGCGCGCGGAGGCAGGCAGCGCGGAGGAGGCGGAGGCGCUGCGGCGGCACUGCCGGCUGCGCAUCCACCUGCGCCACUAUGUGCAGCACCGUGACACGCGCACGCUGCGCAAGCAGGCCGAGCGCAUACACCGCCAGCUGCACCAGCAGACUGAAGAAGAAAAGGAAACUACUAAUGAGGAGAGCACUGAAGUUAAAGUUAAGUCUGAGAAAACUGAAUCGUCUGGAGAGAAAAAAGCUGUGGAGAAUGGCACUGACCUUAAUAAUUCAGGAAAUGAAGAUAAGCUGUGGGCUGAUGUUGAUAAAGAUAUAGGGGAGUUGCUGCGAGAAGUGGACCCCCAGGGCAAUGAAGCUAGUGAUGAUGAAGAGGAUCUUGGACGAUAUGACAAAUUCCGUAAAAGCGAUAAGACGGCUAAGCCAGGAGAAGAAGAGACUAAAUUGAAAGACGAAGCUGCGGCUGAUGAAAAGACUACUGUUGAUGCCAAUGCUUCUGCUUAACUUAGUGAUUAGCUUACAUAUUAAAUGUACGAUCGUUAUACUAUUAAUAUGGUCAUUUGAUUUCUAGUAUACUUUUUAAGUAAAGCAAUAUGAGUUUUAUAUAAUAAAGUUUUGACCUUUAA